CUUAUCACUAUUAUAUGGUAAAUAAUCACACAGUGCACUGUUACUUGCACCUUGUUCGUAAUCAAAUAGAAAUUUUAAACAAGUGAAAACAAUACAUUGGUUUGUGUUAAACAUGGGUGAUUAGGUUGUGCCAAAGCUUAGUGGGAAUGCUUGCCAAAUUUGUAGUCUUAAAAUGGCGAAGAUAAUAAAAUCAAUAUUUAACACGUCAGAGAGACGUAAGUCCCGGUUUGAGGACAAAGAGGAAGAUGUUCCACCACCAGAUCUUAGAAGGAAGUUGUCUAUUUCUAGAUCGGGAAGAAUGAGGCAAGCGAACAAAAAACGACAAUCGUUGUCUUUGGAUGUUUAUGGGCAGGAACAUCAAGAGAAGCAAAAAACAGUGGACCAGAAGUCUGAAACAAAUAGGCGACAUAGUACAGAGUUAUCGCCCGAAGAAGAAAUAGAUAGCGCGUUUGAGAUUAUAGAUAAGACGUAGUGAUUAUGAACUGUGAUUAAUUAAUUUAAUGAGGCCUAGCCUUAAAAAUUAUACUCUCGAUUUUUGGCAGGUAGGUAUUAAUGUGGUUACUAUAUUUUAUAUUUUUAUAAAAUGGGUGUUUGUUGGUUGAGUAAAGUCAAAUCUAAUCUAUAGUCGUGAAUACCCUUACAUCGACAUUUUAGAUUCAAAUACGAAGCUCAAGUUUUUAAUUCUAUGACGACAACCAUUAUAUUGUUUGUGCUACGAGGUACUGAAAAUCUUAUACUUUAUGCGGGAAAAGCUCGAUGUCAUACAAUUUGAUAUUGCGAAACUGAGACGCCCCUAUUUUUAUAUGUUAUGGUUAGUAUUCGGGUACCUUCUUCUUUUUUGUGAGUCGGAACGUCUAUUUUAAGUCUGUCAAUGAUAAUAUUGACGUUGUUUAGAGUUUAGACCGUAUAUCUGAAGUUAUGUAAGACUACAUGACACCUUCGUGAUACGGUUUAAGAUCACUGUAACUACGUAUUGGCCUCAGUCUUUAUCGAUAUCUCAAGAUAUGCAAUAAUAUACAUAAGUGGUAUUAUGUAUUCUUUAUUAAUGUUUUUAGUAAUAUUUUUUAUAUUAUAUCGCUUUUAAUAACUUAUUAUAAACCUUAUUGUGUUUCGUUGGCUUGUUGCACAAAUGGUUGCGAUAAGAUGUAAUUGAAUGACAAUUAAUUGCAAUAAAUAUUAUCGUCGUGUAAAGAUAAAAACAUGGUCAAAUUGUAAUCCCAAAUUGUAUUUUUUGAAGCCGUUUAUGAACAAUACAUUCUAAUGUUUCUGAGGCUUAUAAUACGUUUGAUAAGACCGUAAAUAUUUAUGCUUCAUAUUACUGUGUGUUUUCUUAAUUCUAUGAUUAAUAUACACAUUGCUUGUAUUUUGUUUUUCAAACAUAAGACUGAAUAUAAUUCAUUUGUUUCUUUUCCAUGUUUUUUUUAAUUGCAAUUCAAUUGGAUUUAAACUAAUACCGCCUAAACCAACUUUCCAGAAUGUUGUGUUUUUAAAUUUCCGUAAUUAAUGACAAAAUAAUUAAAACAAUGAGGCCGACUAUGUAACCUCCUUUAAGUGCAGACGGUGAUUAAGAUAUGGUAUUAUCAAUUCUUUAUAUGCCACCGCUGAUAAACUUCUACGUGCAUCAAUAUGCAAUUAAUGGUUUAUAAGUAGAUAACUAUAUAGAAAGAAAAAUGAUAAAACAUUUAGGUUUUUGGGCUGUGUGGGCAGUGGGCUUGAGUGACUAUCAUCUGAGGCCAACAUUUCUGUGCAGAUUCACCACUCAGUCGGUGAAAACAUCGUGAGGAAACCGGCAUGUCUUAGACCCAAAAAGUCGAUGACGUGUUGACGGCAGUGGAGACUGAUCAUUACUUGCCUAUUGGAUUUAAAUAUGAUCAUGAAACAUAUUUAGAAACCUGAGGCCAAGACCUAAAAGAGGUUGUAGCGCCAAUUAAAUUACGACUUCCAUAUAUUCUGGCACUAUGCCACUAGCAUUCUGUGUCAAAUUGAAUUAAUUAAAAAAGGGUUUAAAAUCAUAUAUAAUCGAAUUUUUAUUGACUUAAACAUCGAAAUAUCAAAAUUACACUUUCAUUUUCUUCUUUUUCGGCUUGAUCUGCAAGGGUCCAGCGAUUUUGAAUACCGUGCUGAAAAAAAAGCAAGAAUACGUAUAAAUAUAUCCUUUAUCUAUA